AUGAGCGACGUCAAAGACAUUCUCCCCGAUCUAGACAAGCUAGAUUCGCAGCUGGACAAUCUUGAAGAUGCGUUGGAGCCUCUACUCACCAACCUGAAUGAAAGAGCCUCUCAAUUACCACUCCUCGAUAAAGCCAAGCUCUUCUCGCUCACGGCAUAUUCCAUCGAGUCACUUCUCUUUUCCUAUCUGCGAUUACAGGGCGCGGAUGCCCAGAACCACGCUGUAUACGCAGAGUUGAAACGUGUGCAGCAGUACUUCAGCAAGAUCAAGACGGCUGAGGAGCCGGAAGCGCAGAGAAGUCUGGUUGUGAACCAAGAGGCUGCGGCUCGGGUCUUGAAGGCAGACCUGGCGGACAACAAGUCUAUUAGCAGUAGGCUGGCUGAGAAGAUUGCUGAGGAGCGAGCAAAGGCGCUGCUUAAAUCUGUGGAGGGUAAGAAGCGAACUGCAGAUGAUUCUGCGUCGGGAGCAUCAGCGAGUGAUGCACAGGCGAGUAAGAAGAGGAAGCAAAAGGGACGAGGGAGGGGUAAACAGGGUUAG